AGGAACUCGAGGGCAACAGGGCAGCAGAGGAAAAGAUGCCCCAGGGCUGCAGGCCAACCCGGGUGGCCACGCUGGGGGUCAGACAUACCCACUUUGCUCGGGCUAUGCUCAAGCAGAGUCAGCUUAUUUUCUAUUGAGAGUUCAAGCCCGUCGAGAUUAUGCUGCUGUUCCUUACCAUUCUGUUGCCGGUAGUUUUUAAAUUUAGUUUCGUUAGCCUCUCAGCACUGCAGCGCUGGAGCUGUCCUGAAGGCUCUCCCUCGGGAAAUGGGAAUUCUACUUGUGUGGGUCCUGCACCCUUCUUAAUUUUCUCACAUGGAAACAGGAUCUUUAGGAUUGACUUAGAAGGAACUAAUCAUGAGCAAUUGGUGGCAGAUGCUGGCAUAUCCAUGAUCAUGGAUUUUCAUUACAAUGAAGAAAGAAUCUAUUGGGUCGAUCUAGAAAGACAACUUUUGCAAAGAGUUUUUCUGAAUGGGACAAGCCAAGAGAAAAUAUGCGAGAUAGAGAAAAAUGUUUCAGGAAUGGCAAUAAAUUGGAUCAAUGAAGAACUUAUUUGGUCAAAUCAACAGGAAGGAAUCAUUACAGUAACAGAUAUGAAAGGAAACAAUUCCCGUGUUCUCUUAAGCGCCUUAAAAUAUCCUGCAAAUAUAGCAGUUGAUCCAGUAGAAAGGUUUAUGUUUUGGUCUUCAGAGGUGGCGGGCAGCCUUCACAGAGCGGAUCUCGGUGGUGUGGAAGUGAAGCUUCUGUUAGAGACAUCGGAGAAAAUAACAGCUGUGUCCUUGGAUGUGCUUGAGAAACGGCUCUUUUGGAUUCAGUACCACAGAGAAAGAAGCAAUUCUCGUAUUUGUUCCUGUGAUUACGAUGGAGGUGCCGUCCAUUUUAGCCAACAUCACACACAGCACAAUAUUUUUGCGAUGUCCCUUUUUGGUGAUCGUAUUUUCUAUUCAACAUGGAAAAAGAAGACAAUUUGGAUAGCUAACAAGUACACUGGGAAGAAUAUGGUUAAAAUUAACCUCAGUCCAUCAUUGGUACCACCUGGUGGAAUUAAAGUAGUGCAUCCACUCGUACAGCCCAAGGCAGAGGGUGAUCCUUGGGCACCUGAUCAGAAACUCUGCAAACUGAGGAAAGGUGACUGCAGAAGCAGCAUGUGUGGGCAAGAGCCUAAGUCCCAUGUGUGCAUGUGUGCAGAGGGAUACGCGUUAAGCCAAGAUGGAAAGAACUGUGAAGAUGUCAACGAGUGUGCCUUUUGGAAUCAUGGCUGUACUCUUGGGUGUGAAAACAUCCCUGGAUCCUAUUAUUGCACAUGCCCUGUAGGAUUUGUUCUGCUUCCUGAUGGGAAACGGUGUCACCAAUUAAUUUCCUGCCCAAGCAAUGUGUCUGAAUGCAGUCAUGAUUGUGUUCUGACAUCAGACGGUCCCAUAUGUUUCUGUCCUGAAGGCUCAGUGCUUGAGACAGAUGGGAAAACCUGUAGUGGUUGUUCAUCUCCCGAUAAUGGUGGAUGUAGCCAGCUCUGCAUCCCUCUUAGCCCAGUAUCCUGGGAAUGUGGCUGCAUUCCGGGCUAUGACCUACAACUGGACAAAAAGAGCUGUACAGCCUCAGGACCACCACCGUUUUUGCUGUUUGCCAAUUCUCAAGAUAUUCGACACAUGCAUUUUGACGGAACAGAUUAUGGAACCCUGCUCAGCCAGCAGAUAGGAAUGGUUUUUGCCCUAGAUCAUGACCCUGUGGAAAAUAAGAUAUACUUUGCCCACACAGCCCUAAAGUGGAUAGAGAGAGCAAAUAUGGAUGGUUCCCAGCGAGAAAGGCUUAUUGAGGAAGAAGUAGGUAUGCCAGAAGGUCUUGCUGUAGACUGGAUUGGCCGUAAAUUCUAUUGGACAGACAGACGGAAAUCUCUCAUUGAAGGGAGUGAUUUAAAUGGGAAGUAUCGUGAAAUAAUCAUUAAGGAGGACAUCUCUCAGCCACGAGGACUUGCUGUUCAUCCAAUGGCCAAGAGAUUAUUCUGGACUGAGAUGGGGAUUAAUCCACGAAUUGAAAGCUCUUCCCUUCAAGGCAUUGGCCGACUGGUUAUAGCUAGCUCGGAUCUGGUCUGGCCCAGUGGAAUAACAAUUGAUUACUUAACUGACAAGUUGUACUGGUGCGAUGCCAAGCAGUCUGUGAUUGAAAUGUCCAAUCUGGAUGGUUCAAAACGCCAAAGACUUGCCCAGAACGAUGUAGGUCACCCAUUUGCUGUGGCUGUGUUUGAGGAUCAUUUGUGGUUCUCUGAUUGGGCUAUGCCAUCGGUAAUAAGGGUGAACAAGAGGACUGGCAAAAAUAGGGUACGUCUCCGAGGCAGCAUGCUGAAGCCCUCAUCACUGGUUGUAGUUCAUCCAUUGGCAAAACCAGGAGCAGAUGCCUGCUUACAUCAAAACGGAGGCUGUGAACAUAUUUGCGAAGAGAGGUUUGGAACUGCUCAGUGUUUGUGUCGUGAAGGUUUCGUGAAAGCUCCAGAUGGAAGAACGUGUCUGGCUCUGAAUGGCCAUCAGAUGUUGGCAGGUAGUGGAGCAGAUCUGAGUAAUGGAAUAAUACCGUUGGACAUCUUACCCAGCAGUAGAGAGCUUGAAGAUAAUAUUACAGAAUCUCAGCAUAUGCUAGUGGCUGAAAUCAUGGUGUCAGAUGAUGAUGACUGUAGUGCCUUGGGAUGCAGUACACAGGCUUGGUGUGUUUCAGAGGGAGAGAAUGUCACGUGUCGGUGUUUGAAAGGAUUUGCUGGAGAUGGAAAACAGUGUUCUGAUAUAGAUGAAUGUCAGAUGGGUAUCUCAGUUUGCCCUCCCACCUCCUCCAAGUGCAUCAAUACUGAAGGUGGCCAUGUCUGCCGGUGCUCAGAAGGCUACCAGGGAGAUGGGAUCCACUGCCUCGAUAUUGAUGAGUGCCAACUGGGUGUGCACACCUGUGGGGAAAAUGCCGCCUGUACAAAUACGGAGGGAAACUACACCUGCACAUGUGCUGGCAACUCAUCUGAACCUGGACGGAUUUGCCCUGACUCAACUCCACCCUCUCAUCCCAGGGAGGAUGGCCGCUCUCCUGGGAGAAAUAUUUACCCCGAAUGUCCCCCGUCCCACGAUGGGUACUGCCUCCAUGGCGGUGUGUGUAUGUAUCUUGAAGCGGUCGACAGCUACGCCUGCAACUGUGUCGUUGGCUACGUCGGGGAGCGAUGUCAGCACCGAGACUUGAAGUGGUGGGAACUGCGCCAUGCCGGCCACGGGCGGCAGCGGAGCGUCACCGCGGUGGCUGCCUGCGUGGUGGUGCUGCUUCUGCUACUGCUCCUGGGGCUGUGCGGGGCUCAGAAAUACAGGACUCAGAAGCUGCUGUCGAAAAAUCCGAAGAAUCCUUAUGGAGAGUCGAGCAGAGAUGCGAGCAGUACCAGGCCUGCAGAUGAGGAGGCUGGGAUGUCCUCUUACCCCCAACCUUGGUUUGUGGUUAUAAAGGAACAUCAAAACUUCAGCAAUGGGAGUCAACUUGUAGCCCUCAAGGACGGCCUUGUGGCAGAUGUUGGCCAGUUUUCUUCCCUGGAGCCUGGGUCAUUGCAACCAACAUCAUGGAGAAAGGAGCCCCAGAUGUAUAUGGGCACAGAACAAGGAUGCUGUGUUUCAUCAUCCAGUGAUAAAGGCUCUAGUCACCAGAGAAUGAAGUGUAGCUUUCAUCUCCCCUCCUAUGGGGCAUGGCCCAUUGCUGGGGGAGUUGAGAAGUCCCAUUCUCUCCCAGCAGCUUACCCAUUAUGGCAACAAAGAGCUCCGGAUCCACCACACCAAAUGGAGCUGACUCAGUGAAAGCUGGAAUUAAAAGUAAGAUCAAGAGGAACAAACUGUAUUGAUGGAUAGUCAUACUUCAUUUCAAAAAGUAGAGGAAAAAAUACAGAUUUUCAUUCUACAAUCUCUACAACUAAUCACCUACUCAGCGUCGGAGACAAAUACGUAUUGUGCUUUUGCUUCUUCCUUCAAGCAGUCUCACUGCAGAUUUUCAAGUAAAAGUGACCUGGAGAAUCACUGGGUAACUCAUUAGAAACUAAAAUGGGGAAAGUAGUGCUUUGUAAACUGUGUUGUCUUCAAUAUUCAAUACAGACAGAUUUUUUUUUUCCUGCAGCCCCAGAAGAUAUUUGGGAUUAAAACAAUCAAUCAUACAGGUUGGGUCAGUUAUAAAGUAAUUUCUCUUAUCUGGACAGAACAUUUAGCUAAAUUUUAUGAAAUGGUUAGAAUAUUAAAAUUAUUGUUAUUGAUAUAAUACAUUGGUAGGCAUUUACCUUAUCAUUGGUGUGGUCCAUGCUGGGAAUUUUGCAGAAUGAAUUUUGAUAAAUUAAUGAAAAAUGUACUAACUUAGAACCUGAUUUCUUCCAAAUUGGAUGGCUUAUUUUUUCUUUAAAAAUCUUUGAAUGAAAACAUUUAAUUUUUAAAACAUUACCCAAGAGACUUCUGUGUUUCUGACAUUACUAUUCUUUCCCCCACAUAUUUUUUUCUCUAAUGAAAAUGGUAAAUUCUCCCUUUGUAUGUUUGCACAGAAUUUUUACUUAUUUUCAACAUAUGAGAUUGUAAGCAAAUUGCCUGAUUUAUUUUAAUUUUGGACAGCAAUCAAUUUCUUCUACUUAUUUAAAUAAAAUCAGCAUAAACAUUUUAUCGUACACAUGGUUAAGUAAUAAAUUAUAGUUUAAGGGGAUGUUAGAGUUGACGCAAAGUGAUUUUCUAAGCUUGCUAUUGUUACUUUACAAAAAAAAUCAUAUUUGAAAUCUUUCUAACGUUAUAAAGUAGAUUUUCACAAAGUGUUCCAAUUAAAUAUCAUUCUUGCAGCCAAGGCAUUGUUACUACAAAUUACACAACCUACUACUGUAACUGGAUUGUUUGGGGCUUUGGAUUAUUCAGUUUAUGCAUUAACUAGUCCUUUUGCUUAUCUUUUCUUUCCUUUCUCUUGAACUCCUUGGACUUUGGUUACACCAGAAGUCAGCAUGAAAAGGCGUUGAAGCCCAUUUCAAGUAGAUACUUCUUAGAAGUUUUGGUAAAGAUUUUGUGGCGGAGUUAAUUCAGAUUUUUCUGUAUUCAGUUUUGCUUUAAUUGGUAGUUGAUAACCUGGAGGAUCAGAAGAUCUGUCUUUUGUUUCUAAUGAGUGAACUGAUCUCAGAAAAAAUGCAGUCAUAAUUCUCCCAACGAUGGGAAAAUUAUAUUUGUAAGUGUGAAUAUUUUUUCUUCUUCCAAAAGUGAACAUUUUGGAAGCUUUAAGUGUUUAGAUUACAUUUUUGUAUUUUGGCACCUCGCUUAGGAUUCCAGCAAUAACAUGAGACCACAAUAGCCCAUAACAUAACAUUAUCUUUGAACCGUUAUCUUCAAGCUGUGCAGUGAAUCUGAUACCUCAUAAACUAGGAUCCUGUGUCCUUGAUCAGGAUCUAACACUGUCUCCCUGGUCAAAGUAGAGAGAAAACACACUUUGUGUCCUUCGCAAGUCACCCUGAAAGAGUAUUUUCCUUUGCUGAGGCUCCCACGUCUCUGCCAGAAAUAUCCUCCUUUAAGAAUCUAUUUUUUUUAAAAGAGCAUUUUCAUCUAAGAUAUUCAGUUUGGAAAAAAUGCAAAUCAAAUAUUUUUAUUUCCUAAAUCUCAUGGUCUCCUUGUGCACAAUGGCUGAUUGUGGUCCUAUUGGACUAAAUGUCACCUGCUACAUAACAUGAGCAUUCUGCCCUCUUUUCUAGCACCUAAUAGAGGGCUUAGCAUACUCUAUUCUUUUGAAACUGUAUGGUUCCAGUUCCACCUAUUAACCUUGAUUUCCAACUGAUAUCCUCUUCAUGUGAAUAAAUGAUUAUCGUGUGAUCCCUGAAAAUGUGUUAAAAACACUAAAUAAAUUAUUUAAAAACAUACAAACAAACCAACAAAAAGGCUGGGAGAAAGGGAAAAUAUCGAGGUAAUUUAAGCAGCUGUGAUAGGCAAGAUUUUGUUGUUGUUGUUUACUUUUUCUUUCUUCUUUUUUUUAAAUCCUUAAAUGAGAAACCCUCUCUGCAUUGUUUCCUCCUGAGCUGUUUUCACUCCAGACACGCCUGAAGCAGAGUUCUUUCCCGUUUGGAACUUGACAGGGUUUCUGUCGCUAGUAGCGUAUGCUUACAACAACAUAGCUCAGUAGGAAAAUAAUGUGAUGGACGUGGAUCCUUAGUUAAUCACUCACAUAUCUGAACCAGAGACUGUAGGAAGCACAUAAAUUACCAAACAGGAAAAUUUCCUAGCUGGUGGUCAUUUCCUAUUUUUUCUCCUCUACAGUGAAUAUUUGACCCUCUGACAUAGUUCAAUUUCCAUUUCUGGUGGGUCAGAAGGAAAAUUAUGAUGUGCCUGACUCAACAAUUAAGCCUUCAGAGUGCAUUCUAAACUAAGAGUUGUCAAUCCCAGAUUAAUGCCUGAGUUAUUUGGGUUCUUAUUUUUCAUUUGUACCACUCACCUGCCAAAAUAAUAAAGUAUAGUAAAACUGUAUUAUUCAGAAUUUUAGGGAGUCAUUUGAACAGUGAGGCAGGUGCUUGCACCGUGGUUUCUUUAGCUCUAAAAUGAGGCAUCUUUUGUAUGAACCAACUUAAAGUAACAGCAACACCAACACAAACUAAAGUUUUAUUUCUACCACUGAGGUAUUGAGGUAAUCAAGGCCUUACUGCUUUAAAAACCAAAUAUUCUUUUUAAAAACAAUCAAUUUAA